AUGACUGACGAUAACAGUGACGAUGACGGUGACGAUGAUGAUGACGAUGAUGAUGAUGAUGACGAUGCUGAUGAUUCGUCUCAUGUCAAGAUCAUUCCAGACAUUGUCAAUGAUGAUAACAAUGAUAAUGACGAUGAUGAUGACAAUGACGAUGACGAUGUAGAUGUUGAUGACGAUGACGAUGACGAUGAUGGUAACGACGUCGAUAAUGAUGACGAUGAUGAUGAUGAUGACGAUGAAGAAGAUUAUGAUGAUGAUGAUGACGAAGACGAAGAUGGUAAUUAUGAAUAUGACGGUGAUGAUGACAUUGAUGAUGACGAUGACGAUGACGAUGUUGAUGACGAUGACGAAUUGUCAUUUUGA